GAAAAUUCUUAAUAGUACAGGGAGUGAUGUGCUAGGGGUUGGAAGGUACACAUCAGAGUCGUUUUCUAUAGGGUCUACACCAUUCCCUUGGGGCUCUUGUGCCCGACCCUUUCUCCCCCACUCUUUAAAUCUCCCACCAUUCAUCAAUCUUUGCUGAUCUUUUCGCACAAGAGAUCCAACAGAAAGUCGAAAAAAGAGAGGGUGAAAGAAAUGGAAGAAGGGAACCAGCAACACAGAUGGGAAGGCUAUGUGGAUUGGAGGGGCAGGCCUGCACUCAGAGGCCGCCAUGGUGGCAUGCUUGCAGCUUCCUUCGUCUUGGGUGUGGAGAUCCUAGAGAACUUAGCAUUUUUGUCAAAUGCAAGCAACCUGGUGCGAUACCUGUCGGAUUACAUGCACUUCUCUCCCUCGAAAUCAGCCAACAAUGUCACAAAUUUCAUGGGAACAGCCUUCCUUCUUGCCCUUCUUGGAGGCUUCUUAUCCGAUGCUUUCUUCACUCCUUAUCACAUCUACCUGAUAAGUGCAGUUAUUGAAUUUCUGGGUCUGAUUGUGCUGACAAUACAAGCGAGGUCACCUUCUCUAAAGCCACUGGAGUGCAAGAAAGGAACAGCAGACACUUCAUGCCAGGUGUUGAGUGGCGGAAAAGCGGGAAUGCUGUUCGUAGGCCUGUAUCUGGUGGCGCUGGGUGUGGGAGGGAUAAAGGGGUCUCUGCCUGCCCAUGGGGCUGAGCAAUUGGAUGAGAGUACUCCCCAGGGAAGGAAGCAGAGAUCAACCUUCUUCAAUUACUUUGUCUUCUGUCUCUCAUGUGGGGCUCUAAUUGCAGUGACGUUGGUGGUGUGGGUUGAAGACAAUAAGGGGUGGGAGUGGGGGUUUGGAAUUGCUACUAUUUCAAUCUUUGCAUCCAUUCCAGUCUUCCUUGGUGGCUCUGCUACUUAUAGGAACAAGAUACCUUCUGGAAGCCCACUUACAACCAUUUUCAAGGUAUUGAUUGCUGCCACACUCAACAGAAGCCCAAGCAAUGCAGUUGCAAGCAUGGCAACAAGCCCUUCUUAUCCAACCCAAAAUAGCAAGGAACCAGAAGAAGAAAAUGGCAAAGCAAUAGUGCCCGCUCAAACGCCCACAGAAUCACUUGGCUUCCUCAACAGAGCAGUGGUAAACAAGCCAGUUUACAAAGCAGUAGAAUGUACAGUUCAGCAAGUAGAGGAGGUAAAGAUUGUGAUUAAGAUCCUCCCCAUUUUUGCUUGCACCAUCAUGCUAAACUGCUGCCUGGCUCAGCUCUCAACAUUUUCUGUCCAACAAGCUGCCACCAUGAACACAAAGCUUGGUUCUUUGAAAGUUCCGCCAGCUUCCCUCCCUAUUUUCCCUGUACUCUUCAUGAUGACACUUGCACCAAUCUACGACCAUUUCAUCAUCCCAUUUGCCAGGAAAGUAACCAAAACCGAAAUGGGCAUCUCUCAUCUGCAACGAAUUGGGAUUGGUCUAGUCUUCUCCAUUAUAGCCAUGGCAGUCGCAGCUCUAGUUGAGGUCAAGCGUAAGAGAGUGGCUUCCAACUUGGGGCUAAUCGACUCCACUGAACAACUACCCAUCACAUUCUUUUGGAUUGCCUUCCAGUACUUGUUCCUUGGAUCAGCAGACCUUUUCACCUUGGCUGGGUUGAUGGAAUUUUUCUUUACAGAAGCACCCACAGGAAUGAGAUCUUUGGCAACAUCUCUCUCAUGGGCCUCUUUGGCCAUGGGGUACUAUCUCAGCUCAGUGAUCGUAUCCAUAGUUAACAACUUCCUAGGCAGCUUAAACCACAGGCCAUGGCUAUCUGGUAGGAAAUUGAAUCACUAUCAUCUUGAAAGAUUCUACUGGCUGAUGUGUGUGCUAACUGGACUGAAUUUCUUGCACUAUCUCUUCUGGGCCUGUCGGUAUAAAUACAGAUCCACAGGAGCUACCAAGUACCAAGUGACAAACUACCAAAGUACAUAAAUAAAAUUGCCUAUCCAUGAAAUAUCACAUGGCCAGUUGCAAUGUUCAGGCAUCACUUUUGGCUGUAAAUAUUUUUCAAAUCCUGCUGAAUUUUCCUUAUCUGUCAAUUGACGGAGAACCAGAUAUCAGAACGAGAGUCCUGUAUUUAGUUCUUCCUUAUAGUCACCAAAUCACUCAUAAUAGUACAGAUAUUUAUCUUUUCAGUCA